AUGAAAAGUAUAACUUUUUUCGUGUUUAAUAUAUGCUCCAUCCUAGCCCUUUUAUCACAUUGUGAAGAUAACGACAUAUACUCUUUUGAUAUCGUAAACGAAACAAAUUGGCUAAAAAUCGCAAAGAACAUUUUUAAAGGAAAAUCCCCUUCAAAUUUCACAAUCAUACCUUUUAAUAAUACGGGAAGUUCAAACGAUAACGAAAGUAAUAAAGAAGAAUCAGUAUUAUUAAUUAGAAAAAAAAUAAAAUCAAAUAAAAACCAUGACAGUAGUAUAAUAUCUGGAGAUACUGUUAAUGGCGAUAUUAGUGAUUUAAAUUAUACAGCAAGUAAUUUUUCUGAUAAUAGCGAAGAUAUAGAAGAUAAUCAAAAAUACCCAACUACUUCAUACAACUCAUUUAACCAUCUUAAUUCUAAUAUAGCAUUUAACGAAGAAUCCGAAUACAUCGAAAUAAAUUCGGAAUCAGAUUUAGAGAAUAAAAUUAAAGAUAUAAAUAUUAAAAGCAAUUUAGAAGAAAACAACACAAUGAAUGAAAGUGGUAAAGUUGAUAGUAAAUAUGAAUUGACUGGAGAUGAAAAAUGUGGUAAAUCAUUAAAACUAGGAAAUAUUUCAAAUCAAACAAAUCAAGAAACUAUUACCCAAUCAUUAUCUGUUGGUGAAAUAUUAUGUAUUGACCUCGAAGGAAAUGCUGGUACUGGAUAUUUAUGGGUAUUAUUAGGAAUACACAAGGAUGAACCCAUUAUAAAUCCUGAGAAUUUCCCCACAAAAUUAACCAAAAAAUCAUUUUUUUCAGAAGAAAUUUCUGUUACUCAGCCAAAAAAAUAUAAAAUCGAUGAGCAUGAUAGUUCAAAAAAUGUAAAUAGGGAAAUCGAAUCACCAGAGCAAAAAGAAAGUGAUUCUAAACCCAAGAAACCCCAAAUGCAAUUACUUGGAGGCCCAGAUAGGAUGCGAAGUGUAAUUAAAGGGCAUAAACCAGGAAAAUAUUAUAUUGUUUAUUCAUAUUAUAGACCAUUUUCACCAACUUCAGGAGCAAACACUAAAAUUAUAUACGUGACUGUCCAAUAA